GAGGGUACAUCGUUCUAACAGAAAACAUAAAAGUCAACAGAACGUCCGAUGGAGAGUUCUCAUACCAAGUGGUCGUCUGCUUCGUCCAGCAUCUUAUUCAUUGGCUCCCUAGUACAGCACUGUCGCAAGAAUCUAGAGGUUUUGCAGACGAGAAGACAGAGUAAUCAUGAACUGAAGGAUUUCAUUAAAGACAUGAAGGAGCAGACGAGAGAAAUUAGCACAGAGUUGGAGAAGGAGGGCCCCGGAGAUCAUCGAUGGCUCAUCCGGCGCGGGUCCGAGACUAGGCUUACUCCUUGCUCUAUUCCAAAAGCCAAAAAGGUUUCAGAUGACGUAUACUGUGAGGUAUGUCAGUGCCGGUUCCGGAAGGCGGACAGACAGUACCCCUGCCGUAUCUGUGAGGGGGUGUUCCACAGAGACUGUGUCCUGGGUAUCACUGAUGUUCACCCAUCCCACGCAUCCACCAUCGAACGAGCCAGCUCCAAAAUAGGCUGGAGUUGUCCAGCUUGUGACGAUCUAAGCCUCUUACUCUCUGAAGACGAGUUGAAUCAAAUUAUACAAACUUUUGAUGAAGAAAUUCACCCGAAAGGUGACCAGAUUUCCUUUGAAGAGUUUUUGGCUUUUAAAAGCGUCCAUGGCGACACAACAGAGGAAGACGUGAAGAGGCUGCGUCUGGAGUUCCGAUUGGUCGACACAGACGCCAAUGGAAGAAUCGACUGGUGGGAGUUUCUGACCUACCAGGCCAAAAUGAAGCUCUUCUCUCGGAAUCAGGACGAACUCGUGAAUCUUUUGACCGCAAAGGAGAUAGAAGCGGCAGAGUCCGCCUUCUCCCACUUGAAACUGAACACAAGUGGACGAGUGUCCCCUGGGGAAUCCAAGCGUGUUCUGUCGGAGUGGUACCGACUUCUGGACAGUCACGGCGAACAACGUGAAAUGCUUGAUCACUAUGCAAGCCUUGCCGCUACAAGAAUUAUGGCGCUAGAUAAUACUCCACCUGGGUCUAUUUCGUGGAAUGACUUUCUGAAGGGGCAAGCCAAAUACAUAAUUGGUGCUCGUCCAAACAUUAUUAAGAUCUAAACAAAAACAGAAUCCAUAAAAAAAAUCUAUACAUGAAAAUAUUUAUUUGUGAUGUCUGAUAUAGAAUAAAAUGCCGGUGAAGUAUGUAA